AUGAAAUUCGAAAGUGUCUCGUACUUGAUCAUGGCGCUGACAAAUAAGGUUGGCUUCGCUGCGAAGAGUACCCCUAUGCUGGCUGCCAGACUGUUGCGUUCCGCUUGGUCAAAGCUGUCGAAAAAAUACGCAGAUAAGCAACGAUCGUCCUUAGUAGUGACCGAAGCUGAAGGGCGUAUUGCUUCACUUCUCUCAUCCGUCGAAGGACCACCACCUCUGCUGUAA